AUGGGUUCCGUAGCCGCCCUAAACAUCAAAGAGAAUCGAUCAACCCUGUCCUCAGAUUGGGCAGCUCUGGCAGCAGCUCACUCUCAGAAGCAGCUUGAAGCCAUUCCGAAGGCUUGGACUCUCAGUGAAGAUACGCUCAAAGAAAUCACCGGACACGGAACAGACCGCCAUGGACGCCUCGUCGAGCUCCAGACUGCGCAGAAGUCGGGCCUGCUGUCCGACCACGAGAUCGGAAUCUCACAAGCAACCGCAUCGGAGCUUGUUCAGAAGAUUCAUGCCGGCGAGCUCACUUCUGCGGAGGUCACUGUGACUUUCUGCAAGAUGGCCGCUGUUGCUCAACAGACCACUUCGUGCCUAACCGAGAUUUUUUUUGAUGAAGGAAUUGAACGAGCAAAGUGGCUGGAUCAACAGCUUCAAACGACCGGCAAGGUCGUAGGACCUUUACACGGUCUACCAGUCAGUCUCAAGGAUUCUCUCCAUGUCAAGGGAAGGCAUGCAACGGUCGGAUACACUGAAUAUCUGAGGCGGGAUCCUCCGAACAAGAACUCGGCUCUUGUGGAUUUGUUGCUGGAUGCAGGCGCUGUUCUGUACUGCAAGACAAAUGUGCCCCAGACAAUGAUGACGGCCGACUCGGAAAAUCAUAUCUUCGGAAGGACACUGUGUCCCCACAAGACAACACUGACGGCAGGCGGCUCAUCUGGAGGCGAGGGCGCGCUUGUAGGCUUCAGAGGAUCACCAUUGGGAGUCGGCACCGACAUUGCGGGUUCCAUCCGGAUCCCUUCCCUCUGCUGCGGCACGUACGGCUUUAAACCGAGCUCGAACCGUGUUCCUUUUGGGGGACAAUCGCACUAUCCAUUCCCCAUUCAUGGCCUGGACCUCAUAGAGCCUACAGCUGGGCCUCUCGCCAAUUCGGUUGCCGAUUUGUCCCUCUUCAUGCGGACUGUCACGAGGCGAUCGCCCUGGAAGUAUGAUCCCACAGCUCAUCAUCUUGGAUGGCGGGCUCUGCCGCACAACUACGCCAAGCGCCUCACAAUUGGUGUCCUUCCCGAGGAUCCCCUGUACAAACUUCAUCCCCCGGUCCGUCAUACCAUCGACAAGGCCGUGGCCGUCCUCAAGGCCAAGGGCCACAACAUUGUCCACCUGCCAUACGAAGCCGCUACAAGCGUGGAUCUGGGUGGGCGUAUUGGCUUCCAGCUCUUCACACUAGGAGGUCCUAGUCCCGACCAGGUACUCGAGGAAGCCGGCGAGCCGCUGGUGUACUCGGUCGAGAAACGCGUGCACCCUUUCGCCCAUGGCGGCCUGCCUGUGCCCCCGAGCGGAGACAAGUUUGCAGAAACGAUUCAGAUUACCAAGGUCAAAGCAGCGUAUGCAGAAGCGUGGCAGAAGACUUGGGGCAGCUUCGACCUCGACGUUGUACUUGCGCCUGGUGCGAUCAGCACGUCGGUCCCGCAUGACACGUAUGGUUGUCCGAUGUACACGCUCAUGUGGAACGUCCUUGACUAUCCGGCAGGCAUCAUCCCAUAUGGCACCUCCUCGAGUGCCGAGUUUCCUGAGCACCAGAAGGGCAAUGCCACCUUCGACUCUGAUUGUAUGAACCCAUUUACCCACUGGCGUGGUCCGAACAAUGCUGAACCAAGAUAG